UCCAGCAUGGGUUUGCUGUGACUCAGAGGUUCCUAUAAAAUAAAGCUCUUUAAUGUGCCACGUUCAUCAACAAGUGGACAAGUGGACAAGUGGAGCAGAAAACCUCUGAACUGCAUCUGAUAAAGGGCAGCUGGACCAGCGAAUUCAGCUGGCUGCAGAAAGGAAGAUGAAAGGCCUGUUCUGGGUGACUGUGGUCUUCUUCCUGUCUGUUGAAAACACCUCGGCUGCUGUAGACCAGAAAUGGCUUACAGAUAUUGUGCAAACCAUCAAGAAUAAGUAUCAGUUGGGUGACACUUCCAGUUGGGCUGUAAAUAUACCACAGAACCAAGAUCCAAGCCAUCUGAUGGAAGUUCUGCAGGAAGACCCACCAGAUGCAGUGAAAAUAGCAGUUUCAAAGAGUGACGUGUAUCAAGGCAAAAGAAUGACAGUAUCAACACAGUCAGUUGCAAUACCCCAUGUGCUAGAGAAAAUAAAAGUCAGCCAAACAGGAAACCAGGGCAACACCAUCAUAAUCUAUUCUGAAAAAUACCAAAAUAUAAAUGAGAAUGGCAUUGCUGCCAACAUUAACAAAAUCAUUCAUAGUUGGGGAUGUUAUGCCUUUGUAUUUUCCAAAGUAGUUGAUGUUGCUGAUGCUGGGUUACCUGCAAGGGCUGAGCUCUUUAAGCAGCAGGAACUUUCCAAAUUUGGGCUAGAAAAUAUAUUUCGUUGUUAUGAACCUGGUGGUUCUUUCCAGUGCACAAGCUGUGGCUCUGUUGAAAAUGUUGCUCCUUCUUGUCUUGUAAACACACCACCAUCAAAUGACGUCACACAGUUGGAAAAACGCAGAUUUAAAGAAGCUAGAGGAGGUGGAAGGAAGAGGAGAGGAGGAAGACGUAGGAAAGGCGGCGAGGUGAAGAGAGGAGGAAGACGUAGGAAAGGUGGCGAGGUGAAGAUAGGAGGAAGGCGUAGGAAAGGUGGCGAGGUGAAGAUAGGAGGAAGGCGUAGGAAAGGUGGCAAGGUGAAGAUAGGAGGAAGGCAUAGGAAAGGUGGCAAGGUGAAGGGAGGAGGAAGGCGUAGGAAAGGUGGCAAGGUGAAGAUAGGAGGAAGGCGUAGGAAAGGUGGCAAGGUGAAGAUAGGAGGAAGGCGUAGGAAAGGUGGCAAGGUGAAGGGAGGAGGAAGGCGUAGGAAAGGUGGCAAGGUGAAGAGAGGAGGAAGACGUAGGAAAGGUGGCGAGGUGAAGAUAGGAGGAAGGCGUAGGAAAGGUGGCAAGGUGAAGAUAGGAGGAAGGCGUAGGAAAGGUGGCAAGGUGAAGGGAGGAGGAAGGCGUAGGAAAGGUGGCAAGGUGAAGGGAGGAGGAAGACGUAGGAAAGGUGGCAAGGUGAAGGGAGGAGGAAGACGUAGGAAAGGUGGCAAGGUGAAGGGACUAGGAAGGCGUAGGAAAGGUGGCGAGGUGAGGGGAGGAGGAGGAAGACAUUCAGGAGGCAAUGUGGGAACAGUAAGAACAUGUAAAAUGCGUAAGAAGGUGGGAGGAGGAAGUAGUAUUUAAGGUGGCAAUGUGGGAAAAGGAAGAAGACGUGCCAAAUGAGGCAAGAGGGAAAGAGGAGGAAGACGUGCAAAAGGUGGUAGGUCAGGAGGAAGAAGAGGAAGAUGUGGAAAAAUGUCAUAGGGUAAAAGGAAAAGGUCAUAUGAAAUAUAGUAGGGUGAAAACAGGCCAAAUAUCUAAAACCAGAAAAUAAGAACAAAAAGCUGUCAUGGGUUUUGAGGAUACAAUAAAGCAGCUUUGAAACCAACAAAGUAUUGACCAUUCUUAAUUUUUAAAAUCUAAUACAUUCAAGUAAAAGUUAUUUUCAAUAAAAUAAUGUUGCCAUAUAUGCCUAUUUUAAAAAGCAUCCAAAUUGAACAUUGUAACACAUUGUUUGCCUGCAUUAAAAAGUAAAAAAAUAAACUUCAAAAUGUGUUGUUUGUGGUUUUGUACAGAAAACUACUUAGCCUUGCUUUUGUGCAUGUAAACAGUUUUAAAAUUUGUGUAAAACCUAACAGAAACUGUUCACUGCAAUAAGAAAAGCAACUAUUUUGUAAUUCUAUUGCUUUAGAAUGAAUAGUAUUGGUGUUGUCUUGUCACCUGGGUUUUAGCAAGUCACAGCCAUAAAAAGUACCAGGGACUAAUGUACUGUAGAUCAAAUUCCUGUGGGAAGAAGUCAGGUGCAGUAUGAGGUUGGUGGCAAUAGCAGGGACCAAUGCAUGCUAAUUCUGGGCAUUGCAAAAAGGUUUUUGAGUCAAAGGUUUUGGGUGAUAUCUUGCUAGAUAUCACAUAUCUAGCAAGAAAGACAUGGAAGUUGUGCUUCUGGGGGCAGUAAUGUUUGUCUGGAGAAAAAUGAAUCUACCAGAAAGGUUGUGAUAAGGAGGAACAGCUUCCCCAAACUGAAUCUGAGCUUUGCUGGCAUGGGAUGUCCAUAGCAGACGUGUGUUCGAGCACAAGGUGGUUCAAAUGUCUAUUUUGUAUCCUGUCAAUGGUCUACUGGUCGAUUUUGUAAUCAUCAGACUUGUGGUAUUAGUUCAUCUAAGGACCGAGCUAUCAACUGAACACCACCUGGUAGUGAGUUUCAUCAACUGGCAAGGAGGCUAUGGGCAGACCUGGGUCUUGUUUGUGAAAACAACGAGUGGUGGAAGCUAUCAAGCUAAAGAAGGAAGUCUUCAGGGCUUCGCUGGGGAUUCCUGAAACAGCUGGUAGGCAUGGUCAGACGACCUGCAGCUUCUGUGGUCAAGGAGGCAAAAAUGUAGGAAUAUGAGGAAUUUAGAAAAACUUUUGUUUGACAAACGAGGAAAUUCUGUAACUUAGAAAGAAAAACAGGUUUGGUUUUUUGUUGGGGCUGAUGCCAAUGAGAUGACAGAAGUCACUGAGGGAGUCAAAACAAAUUACCGGCACCUAGUUGGUAAAAGACAUGCUGAAGGCUCUGGACAUUGUGGGGCUGUUGGUAUUUAUAUGCCCUUGCAGUGUUGCAUGUGGGACCAGGACAACAUUUUCAGUGGUCAUGGUCCAAACUUUCAAGAAAGGUAUCAGAACAGUGUGCUCCAACAAUUCUCAUGCAGGACAGUGUGCCUUGAGGACCAGGAUUGGGAAAUACUGCAUUACACCACUUCUGCUACAUUUAACAUAUAAACAGGGACAUUAGCCUUUCUUGCACGUGUUGUACUUGUACUUAACAAACUGCACUACACGCACUUCAUUAAGUAUUCGGGUGUUGCCUUAAUUUGAAUCUCUUGAAGUAAGUUGAUUGUGAUAUCUCCGCUUUUGUUUUCUGGAAGUUGUGAACGAUAUUAUUGACAGUUGUUUUCAAGGGUUAUUCUUUACAUCCUGACGUCAUGCAUAACUUGAAUGACACAAUGACCCGCAAUAAAAAUAAAUUUUCAAGUUGA